AUGAUUGCAGCUAUCGAAUCGGAAGAUACAAAAGAAAUUAUCCGACACCAGGUAUCGUCCCUCCUGAUGGCUCAUCAACCACUGGAAAUGCUGCCCAAGUUAGAAAGCGUUGCACUAAGAGCACUCAAGUCCGACCGGGACAUCGUCAUCGUGCUAGCCGACAAAGGACGUUCCACCGUCGUAAUGGACAGAACGUACUCUCCGCAAAAGACAAAAAACUUGGUGGAGGAUCGCUAG